AUGUACUCACAACAGAAAAACAAGCAGGCAGUAAUUGAUCUUAAAUUAUGGAUUUUUAAGUUUAUUCGUAACGAUAACGAUGAAUUUGCUGUAUGCGUGGAGGGUUAUCGAAAGAAAGACGUCGAAGAACGUGAAUUAGAAAAUUGGCGUAGUACAGCUAUCAAAGAGAGAUACAACUCAACGAUAUUACUAACUGUUAGCGGCUCCAAAUAUGUUUUACAUGGAGUACUUGAUCAGGAUUCAGCAUAUGGACUCGGAUAUCCAAAGACGCUAAUUGAAAGAUUCAAAGAUGGUUUUCCUUAUGAAUGGCGAGAACUUCUGUGUGAUUAUUACAAUAAUGUGGUGCGGCCUAAUAAACUUAAUGUAUCUCAAAGAUUACAUUCUGUGCUUCUCAAUGGUAUAUUCCUAGAUAUAUAUAAAUGUUCACGAAUCGAUGGACAUCGCACAUCAACGUUUAAAAAAAUUCUUGAUGAGUAUGAAGUGUCAUCACCUUCAAACAGUAAUGCAAAACGCGCGAAAUGUUUGUUAAUCAAGGAUAAAAUUGCGGAAGAGGAUGAAGAAAUAAGUAAAGACAAAUUCUCUACAUCCAAGUUUUCUGAUAACUGUACGAAUCCGAUCGAUAGAUUUUCGAAAACUCUUGAUAUAUCUGUCACAUCUUCAAAUCAUGAUUCCAAUGAACAAAAGAUGACACCAAAAUGUGAUAACCAUUCUUUGUCAGACAAAUUUAACACCGAGGUGAAGGUGCCUGGUGAGAAAGAGAUGUUCGAAGAUAAGUCACAAGAAGCUAUGUUGUUUAAAAUGCCGCUGUUACCGCUUCAGCGACGUCAUCCAAAACUAUUAGAUUUGUAUAACUGGACGAUACGUUUUUCUGCAAAUGACUUAGGACAUUCAAAGCUUUUCCCGAAUUUUGCUUUUGUUAUAGUUGGUUUUCGUCCAGACAAAAAUUUGGAUUGGAAAACAUCGUGUAUUGUUGCAGUAGAAAGUAAUCGUUUAUUGCGAACUGAGACAGGUGUAUAUGAACUCAUCGGACCAAUUAAUACAAUAUUAGCCGCGCAGCAAGGAUUUCCGAAAGAAUUUGUGACCCAGUUCUUGAAUGGAUUUCCAAAAGAUUGGUAUCGUAUCCUGUCAUUGUUUUUCAACACCUAUAUCGAACCGCAACUGCCUCCGCAACAAUCGUUGACUAUUUCUGAAAUUCAUGAAGAUGAUGAAGUGGAAAAUUUGCAUUGCCCUGAUUUUGAGCAGAAUGUCAAAAGCUGUUCAUUUGGUGAUAGUGAUUCUGACAGCUCAUCCUCUAACGAUAGCAUUCAAAACUAUAAGAAAGAUCUGAAGUCUACAAAGUAUUCCACUUCAGGGAAAUCUGUUCGAUAUCGAGUUGAAAAUUCUUAUCGGGUAAAGUUUGGAAAGAAAAGAAGUAAUAAGCAUGAACCAAGCAAUUGCCUUGCUCCCCCAAAACGAGUGAAACUCGAAGAAAAAAAUGCAGUGCGAGAUUCUCUGAAUCUUUCUGUAUUGAAAACUACUAGAAGUGGUCGUACUAUUAAACCACGCCUGGCAACGUGGACAGGACAACGAAUUAUGUACAAUGUUCACGGUUCUCCAAUAAAAGCUGUCGGCAUUACAACAGAUUCCAUUUAUUCGACAAGCGUUUCAGAUAUAAGCUCUUUAUCAAGUCUCCGUGAGAUGAGUUUACGAGAAACCGAGCCAAAAGAAGAUAAAAACCCUAAUCUUCACAAGAUCAACAUCGCAAGAGUUCCUCUUGUUGCUUACAGUGACAGUAAGAGUUCUUCCUCUGAUGAUGACGAUGGAAGGCUCUCUCCACCUACACCCGUAACGCCCUUUUGUGGAAAACGUGGACAUCAUAGUUCACGUAUGAUUAUAUCUUCACCAGAAGAAAGCAUAAAAGAAAAGGAAAAACAUAAAUUGCGCAAACGUCACAUCAAAACGUAUAAGGAGAUUUCUCUAAAGCAGAAGAGCAUGUCUAAAAAAGAAACUCUUUCGAAAGCUAAAAACGCAGAAAAAAAGAAUGAUGACAAACAGAACAGCGUUAAGGAAACGGUACCAAUUAUAUCAUUCAGUGAUGUGGAAUCGGAUAAUGGUGUGGAAAACGCAAAGACAGGAAGAAUCACCAAUGACGCUGUUACUGAAAAGACAAAAAAUGCGCGAGCGAGAAAAUGGACAUGCAAUGAUAAUACUAGACUGAAAUUAGCAGUUCGUGCUAUGUGUCCACAAAAUGAAAAUGAUUGGGAAAACAUUGCUGCAUCAAUGCGAACACGUACGGCGGAAGAAUGUCGUAAGCAAGCAUUGGAGGUUCUGAAACUGAAUAUUACGCCAAAAGAAAGUAAAAUGGCGAGUAUAUCAGCUGAUGUGAUGGAUGCACUUAGAAAAACUAAAGUUGGCACACUUGCACAUCAGAUUCAAGCGGAUCGAUUCACUCGACAGUAUCUGAAAGCAGGCGAUGGUUCAGACUUUUUCGAAGAAACGAUGGAUGCCGGGCCAAGUGGGAGAAAAAUAGCAAUAAUGCCAUCGGUGACAACUUUUGACUCCGAUGAUUCACUACUGUCUGUCUUGCGUACUCCUACACCGAAAUCUGUUCGAAGGAAUAUUCGUCGGAAAAAAAUUUGCAUUCCUGAAUCACCAAACUGUUUAACGCCGAGAAAUCUGCCGAGGGAUUCUUAUGUUCCAUUUAAAUUCGAUCCAGAUAAUGAAGCUUACAGAGAACGACAGUUACGCUAUGUUCACAAAAUGUUAAAAGUAAGGAAACAGUAUGGUAGAAGUCAUCGGAAUGUAACAAAAUCAUCCAUUUCCAAAGACUAUCAUUUACAUGUACCAACGGUUCAGAGUCACCAGAACGACAGUGAGAAAGAAUCAGAAGAUGAAUAUUUUGAAGAGGAAGCGGACUGA